AUGGACCUUACGACUACCCCUGGAAUGGCGCCACCGGCGGGCCAUACUCCUCAGUUUGACGCGCCGUACAACUACCUGCAAGUCGGGACGAUUGUCGCUUUUGCGGUGACCUUUUUCGUUGCGACGCUUUUCGUCGGGCUGCGAUAUUUCCAGGCGUUCAAGUUGACGCAAAAGGUCGAGGUUGAUUUAGGCAUCAUCACCGUCUCUUAUGGCGUCGCCCUCGCAUACUUUGUCACCAUGCUGGAUCUGUUCAGCCAUGGUUGGGGAAAGCACAUGUGGGAUGUCAGCCUCGCGCAGCUGAUGGAGUUGAAUAAGGCUCUCCUCCCCAACACCUUAUGCUACCUCACCUGCCCAGCGAUCACGAAACUGGCCAUUCUGUCCGUCCUCUACCGCAUUAAUCCGGCCAGGAUCUACCGCGCCGCAACAAUCGCCGUCGCCCUCUUCAUCUUCGCUUACACGCUCACCCUGUGCAUCAUCACCGGCGGUCCCUGCUCCCCGCUCAAGGACGGCACCCUGCAGUGUCUCGAGAACGUCGCGCUCUCCGGCGCCGUCUUGAACAUUGCCUCGGACCUCGCGGUGAUCACAUUGCCCAUUCCCACGGUCCACAAUCUGCACCUGCAGCUGAAGCAGAAGCUCACGAUCGGAUGCCUGCUCGCGCUGGGUUCUGGUGUGACCGUCUGCUCCAUCGCCCGCCUCCCCUACGUCAUCCGUCUCAGCCACACAGCCGACUCAACAUGGACGCAAGCCAUCCUAGGCGUCUGGUCGAUCGUCGAGGUAAACCUAGGCAUCAUCUGCGCGUGUGCGAUGCGCUUCAAGCGGCUGAUCUCGACGUAUCUCCCUCGUCUUUCGUUGUGGUCGUUCCGGUCUCGGUCUCGCUCGCGGAGUGCGGGGGUGAAGAAGGUGACUCUCGAUUCGGAGGGGCGGUUCAGGCCGGAGGGGAGUAUGGGGAAGCACGAGUAUCAGCUGCAGAGUCUGCAGCACAGUCAAGGUGAGGAAGCCGAGUAUGGGAGUAAAAGUAUCUCGGUGCAGCAGUCGUUUGAGGUGAAUGUCACGCGGACAAGAGAUCGGGGCGAUGCGGGGAGCAUGGAGCGGAUUCUGAGUUGA